AUGGAUUCUGAUUCACCUUUCACAGCCACUGCUCCUCCAGUGUUUGAAGGUGUGAAUUAUCAGGUAUGGGCAGUUAGAAUGGAGGCAUAUCUUGAAGCUUGUGAUCUCUGGGAAGCUAUAGAAGAGGACUAUGUGAUUCCUCCUUUGCCUAACAACCCAACUCUUGCUCAAAUCAAGAAUCACAAGGAAAAAAGGGAAAGGAAAUCAAAAGCAAAGGCAUGUCUGUUUACAGCUGUAUCAUCAACAAUCUUUACCAGAAUUAUGACCUUGAAAUCAGCAAAGGAGAUCUGGGACUUUCUCAAGAAAGAGUAUGAAGGCAAUGAGAGAGUUAAAGGGAUGCAAGUGCUGAAUGUGAUAAGGGAGUUCGAAAUGCAAAGGAUGAAGGAGUCAGAUACUGUGAAGGAGUAUUUGGACAGACUUCUCAGCAUUGUGAAUAGGGUAAGAUUGCUUGGAACUGAAUUUCCUGAUUCUAGAAUAGUUCAGAAAAUUCUAGUUACUGUCCCAGAAAGAUUUGAAUCAACAAUUUCCUCUUUGGAAAAUACUAAAAACCUGUCAAGCAUUACCUUGGCAGAAUUAUUGAAUGCUUUACAGGCUCAAGAGCAAAGAAGACUCAUGAGACAAGAAGAUUCCAUUGAGGGAGCUCUGCAGGCCAAGCUUGAAAUUGGUUAA